CAUUUUACUUCUUAUUUGAAUAGAUCAUCAAAUACCCCCAAAACAACUUCCAUUUUCACACCAUACCCCCAAAAAGCACUAUGAAGAGAAGCUUUCCUAAUGAAAUUGAGAACAAUUUGGCUUUGGCAAAUUGUUUGAUGCUCCUUUCACAAGGAAGAAACCAAUAUGAUCAUAUCAUCUUCGACGAUAACAACAACAAUAACCCUACUAGGGUUUUCGAGUGCAAAACAUGUAACCGACAGUUCGCUUCGUUCCAAGCUCUAGGUGGUCAUCGAGCGAGCCACAAGAAACCCAAGUUGCUCGAUAGCGGAUCAACGGAGAACCAACCACCAGCGAAGCCUAAGACACAUGAGUGUUCGAUCUGCGGGCUGGAGUUCUCAAUCGGACAAGCCUUGGGAGGACAUAUGAGGAGGCACAGGGGUGGUUCGAGUGAAAACCAGCACCAACAUGGACCUUUGAGUUCUUCGACGUCAUCUCAAGAGACCGUAAGGACACCGAUUGUGAAGAAACCGAAUAGCAGAAGGGUUUUAUGUUUGGAUUUGAACUUGACUCCAUUAGAGAAUGAUUUAGAAUUGAUUAAGCUUGGCAAAGCAGCUCCACCAAUUGAUUGUUUCUUCUAAACUCUUACUUUCUGAUUAGCUAUAUGAUUUUGAUUUUGUUUUUAAAUUUUCUAGAGGGGGUUCAUGUAUAUAUUUGUUCAUUAAUUUACAGAUAGAGAUGUAUAAUGAAUAUAGAGAUAUAUAUCAUUAUAUUUUUCUUUUAUUCUAAA